CCAAACUAGAUGCUCGAGCAGAUCAGACCCACCGAGAUGAAGGAGCACCAGACUAAACCUUGGUAACUUCCAUUUCCAAUUUCGCUUGUUUGUCAAUCCCAAGUCGGGACACAUACCAGGCCAGUACCGGUGGGAAAGGGGGAAAAAAAAAACUGUAACGUUUCACUGCCACUGCCGAAGCUAAAGCUAAAUCCUCCCCUCCUCCUCCUCCUCCAAGGCCUCCUCAAACCCAUCGUCCCAAUCUCCCCUUCCAUCUCUACCGUAGUUCUCUUCACAGACUUCCCCACAACGCUUAUCCGCAUACCAUCGUACUCCCCGGGACAAAACACAUACACACUCAAGUUUCCCACUUCCUCCUCCUCCUCCUCCACCUUGACCUUCUCUGCUUCUCCCCCCCCCACUCCUGUUCCACUUUCCCCCGCAAUUCUUCUCUUCCUCUUACACACCCUCAAAGCAAGCCCGGGUCCUUUUCUACCGUAUCUCCUUGACGUCUGUCGGUACUGACAGGAUUCCAAAGCCAUGGAUACCAAAGAGUUUAAUCAGGUCUUUGAGGAUGCUGCAGACUCCUCGACCGUGCGCACCGUGCACCGUCUCCGUGCUAAUUCUACUAUCAUGCAGGUCAACAAGAUUUUAGGUUUGCCUUCCUAUCUUUUUUCUUUUUUCUCGCAUUCCCCACGCCCUUUUACCCGGUGUUGUCCCGGAAUUGUUCGCUUGCUGACUUGGGGCAUUACCGUCGGCGUUAUCAGUUGCCAAUCGUGGUGAAAUUCGUAAGUUUCCCUCUUUGGAUGUUUGUUGGUUUUGACGUUUCACUGUGGGGCAAUUGGUUGAUUUGAUCUUUAUUGUAGCGAUUCGUGUACGUUUUGCGAUCCACCAAGAUUGCUCGUGAUUUGUCUGCUAACCUGGGUGGUCUGUGCGGGACAGAUCUUUAGAACUGUGAGUUUUGCCUCAUACCUCGGUUGUCGCGGGUAGAUAUCCUGACGCAAUAGGUUACAGGCGCACGAACUCUCCCUACAAACCGUUGCCAUUUACAGUCAUGAGGAUCGUCUUAGCAUGCAUCGUCAGAGUAUGAGCCUCUUGGAGACAGCGGGGAGACCCGGUUGCUGAUGAGUUGAGAAAACCUUUAGAGGCUGAUGAGGCAUACGAGAUUGGCGCAAGGGGAGAAUUCACACCCGUUCAGGCCUAUCUCCAGAUUGAUGAGAUUGUGAAGAUCGCCCUGACGCAUGGUGUUGAUAUGAUCCAUCCCGGUUAUGGAUUCUUGUCCGAGAAUGCGGAAUUCGCCCGCAAAAUUGAGAAAUCUGGCAUGAUUGUGAGCUGGACAUCCCUCCCUGCGCUUUCCAAGUGUGUUUGAUUCUAACAAGCCGUUCGCGUUACAGUUUGUUGGACCCACUCCGGAGGUUAUCGAUGGCUUAGGGGAUAAGGUUUCUGCGCGCAAACUUGCCCAGAGAUGCAAUGUUCCGGUGGUGCCUGGGACUCCAGGGCCCGUGGAGGAUCUUGCUGUGGCGGAGGCGUUUGUGGAGGAAUACGGAUAUCCCGUCAUCAUCAAGGCAGCUUUUGGUGGGGGUGGUAGGGGUAUGCGAGUGGUGAGGGAGGGUGAAAACCUCCAGGAUGCCUUCAAUAGAGCAACCUCGGAGUAAGUUUCUUAUCGGUAGAGCUUAUCCAAACAGUGAAGCGUAACUAAUGAUGCAAUAGGGCCAAGGCAGCUUUCGGGAACGGAACUGUUUUCAUCGAGCGCUUCUUGGACCGCCCUAAACAUAUCGAGGUUCAGCUGCUUGGUGACAAAUUCGGAAAUGUUGUUCAUCUGUACGAGCGUGAUUGCAGUGUUCAGAGAAGGCAUCAAAAGGUUGUUGAGAUUGCCCCCGCCAAGGAUCUCCCCCAGGAGGUCCGAGCCUCAAUCCUUGAGGACGCUGUUAGGUUGGCAAAAUCAGUGAACUACCGUACGUCUGCCCCAGCGAAUAGCUUUUGAGCCCCACUAAAUAUUGCGGUUUCCAGGAAAUGCUGGUACUGCCGAGUUCUUGGUCGAUCAGCAAAACCGAUAUUACUUCAUUGAGAUCAACCCUAGAAUGUAAGACAAUCCAGCACGGUGAUGGAGAACUCUUGCUGACUAAAUGAUGCAGCCAAGUGGAACAUACCAUCACUGAAGAAAUCACCGGCAUCGACAUUGUUGCCGCUCAGAUACAAAUUGCUGCAGGGGCUUCGCUUGCGCAAUUGGGCUUGACUCAGGACCGCAUCUCUACCCGUGGUUUCGCUAUACAAUGCCGUGUUACUACUGAGGACCCAUCGCAGGGCUUCCGACCUGAUACCGGUAAAAUUGAGGUGUACCGUUCUGCGGGCGGCAACGGUGUCCGCCUUGAUGGUGGUAACGGUUUUGCGGGGGCAAUUAUCACCCCUCAUUAUGAUUCCAUGUUAGUCAAGUGCACUUGCCAUGGGUCCUCCUACGAGAUUGCUCGCAGAAAGAUGUUGCGUGCACUGGUAGAGUUCAGAAUCCGUGGUGUCAAAACUAAUAUCCCAUUCUUGGCCUCCCUACUUACCCAUGAUACCUUCAUUGGGGGCUAUUGUUGGACUACAUUCAUUGAUGAUACGUGAGCGGUUACCCCCCCUCAACAAGUUCCAGGGUUCAGGUGGGCUGAUUGCUAGUUUAGCCCCGAGCUGUUUUCUCUAAUGAAAUCACAAAACCGUGCCCAGAAGUUGUUAGCAUACCUGGCCGAUUUAGCUGUUAAUGGCAGUAGCAUCAAGGGCCAAAUUGGUGCUCCCAAAUUCACAGGAGACAUCGUUUUGCCGAAGCUUUAUGACCAGAAUGGCAAAGUAAUUGAUGUCACUUAUCCCUGUCAGGUUGGUUGGCGUAAUAUUCUUGAGAAGGAGGGACCACAAGGUUUUGCCAAAGCCAUCCGCAAGAACAAGGGUACUCUCUUUAUGGAUACUACAUGGAGAGACGCACACCAGUCUCUUUUGGCUACCAGAGUCCGUACUUGUGACUUGGUAAACAUUGCGAAGCAUACAAGUUAUGCCUAUUCUAACGCUUAUAGUUUGGAAUGCUGGGGAGGUGCUACCUUUGAUGUAGCGAUGAGGUUCCUUUACGAAGACCCAUGGGACAGACUGGUAAUGCCCUGUUCUUUUGUUGCUGUUUUUCCGAUCCCCAAUCCAAGGUCAACUACUAACCAUCUUUUAGAGGAAAUUGAGGAAAUUGGUCCCGAAUGUUCCUUUCCAGAUGCUGCUUCGUGGAGCAAAUGGAGUUGCAUACUCAUCGUAAGUAAUACUGAGAGUGUCCCUCCUAAUAACUUAUCUAAAAUUUCUAGGCUUCCGGAUAAUGCGAUUGAUCACUUUGUUAAACAGGCAAAGAUUAACGGAGUUGACAUUUUCCGUGUAUUCGAUGCUUUGAACGACCUCGAUCAAUUAGAGGUUGGUGUAAAAGCUGUUCUCAAGGCUGGAGGAGUCUGCGAAGCCACAGUUUGCUAUAGCGGGGAUAUGUUGAAUCCAAACAAAAAGAAAUACACCCUUGAGUACUAUCUCAAGAUUGUUGACAAGAUUGUGGCUAUGGGAACCCACGUCCUUGGAAUCAAGGACAUGGCUGGUGUUCUCAAGCCCCGAGCCGCAACCCUGCUUAUUGGUAGUAUUCGCGAGAAGUAUCCUGACCUCCCUAUCCACGUCCACACACACGACUCGGCAGGAACUGGCGUGGCUUCGAUGGCUGCUUGCGCUAUAGCAGGCGCCGAUGCGGUUGACACUGCUACCGACAGUUUGUCUGGUAUGACGUCUCAGCCAAGCGUUGGAGCAUUGUUGGCUUCUUUGGAGGGUACCGACCAGGAUCCCAAACUCAAUGCUAGUCACAUCCGCGCAAUUGAUGGAUACUGGGCCCAAUUACGCCUUCUAUACUCUUGCUUCGAGGCUGGUCUAACCGGUCCGGAUCCUGAAGUCUACCUUCAUGAAAUUCCUGGCGGGCAACUUACAAACUUGAUUUUUCAAGCCAGUCAGAUGGGUCUCGGAACACAAUGGGCGGAAACCAAGAAAUCCUACACUUUGGCCAACCAACUCCUCGGGGAUAUCGUCAAAGUUACACCUACAUCUAAGGUUGUUGGAGACCUUGCUCAAUUUAUGGUCUCCAAUAAGCUUUCAUAUGACGAUGUGAUUGAGAAAGCCGAGACCCUAGAUUUCCCCGCUUCUAUUCUUGAUUUCUUUGAGGGAUUGAUGGGUCAACCAUACGGCGGCUUCCCCGAGCCCCUUCGCACCAAGGUUCUUCGCGGGCAGCGUCAAAAGUUGACUGAGCGCCCCGGAAAGUCUAUGCCGCCGGUGGAUCUGGGCAAGAUCAGGGCCGAACUCGAAAGCAAGUAUGGCGCUGUCUCGGAAUGCGAUGUCGCGAGUUACAACAUGUACCCCAAGGUUUUCUCCGACUACAAAGACUUUUGUGACAAGUACGGCGAUCUCAGCGUUCUCCCUACCAAGUACUUCCUGGUUAGCCCCAAGCUUGGGGAAGAGUUCCAUGUUGAGAUCGAGAAAGGGAAGCUUUUGAUUCUCAAAUUGUUGGCUGUUGGUCAUAUCUCUGAGCAGACCGGUCAAAGGGAAGUCUUCUUUGAGAUGAAUGGUGAAGGCAGAACGCUCUUAAUUGAAGAUAAGCACGCGGGUAUGUCCAUCCGACUCUUUUAUUUUCCGGCAAGACAUGGUAACUUACUAUUCAUAGCCGUUGAGAACGUGAGUCGUCCCAAGGCCGACCCCAAGGAUCCUAGCCAUGUUGGAGCACCCAUGGCUGGUGUUGUUGUCGAAGUCCGAGUCAAGGAGAACACUGAGGUUAAGAGAGGCGAUCCCAUUGCCAUCAUGAGCGCCAUGAAAAUGGUAAGGAACUACCAUUUCUACCUAUAGAAUUACGAUAUGCUAACUUGGGAUCCAGGAAAUGAGCGUCACUGCUCCUCACUCUGGAGUCGUGGUCGGGCUUGAAGUGAAGGAAGGUGAUUCCGUUGAUGGUUCUGACCUUAUUUGCAAAAUCCACAAGGCGUAGGUGUACUUUUUUUGUUUCUCUUGUUAUCUACAUCUUUAGGCAUUUUUUAGGUCAAUUGAACAGUAAAUAAAAUUGAAUACUUUGGGCGCGUCCGACUUGGGGCG